CACUCGCCAUCCCGCCCGCACUCACGCAACAGCAUACGAGGAAAUUUUCAUACUUGUUAGCUGUGAAAAGUAUUUAGCAGAAAUAGUUUUGGGAAAUUAAAGAUUUCGAGGCUAUUUCGGUGCUACCAACGAUCGUUCGCGGUAACCUCGACACCCAACAGCAGCACUAGUGCACCAGAUCCACACUUUCGCACGCAAACAUGGGCGACGUGAUGAAUAUCGACAGCAUAAUAUCGCGACUUCUCGAAGUGCGUGGGGCACGGCCAGGUAAAAACGUACAGCUCUCGGAGGGCGAGAUCCGGGGACUCUGCUUGAAGUCGCGCGAGAUCUUCCUGUCGCAGCCCAUUCUGCUCGAGCUGGAGGCACCGCUGAAGAUUUGCGGCGACAUCCAUGGACAGUACUACGAUCUGUUGCGUCUUUUCGAGUACGGCGGCUUUCCGCCGGAAUCGAAUUACCUGUUCCUCGGCGACUACGUCGAUCGCGGCAAGCAGUCGCUGGAAACGAUCUGCCUGCUGCUCGCCUACAAGAUCAAAUACUCGGAGAAUUUCUUCCUGCUGCGCGGCAACCACGAAUGCGCCAGCAUCAAUCGCAUAUACGGAUUCUACGACGAAUGCAAGCGUCGCUACAGCAUCAAGUUGUGGAAGACAUUCACUGACUGCUUCAACUGCCUGCCGGUGGCAGCCAUUGUCGAUGAGAAGAUCUUCUGCUGCCACGGCGGCCUCAGUCCCGAUUUGACCUCGAUGGAGCAGAUCCGUCGUAUUAUGCGGCCCACCGAUGUGCCCGACCAGGGACUGCUGUGCGAUCUCCUGUGGUCCGAUCCCGAUAAGGAUACCAUGGGCUGGGGCGAAAACGAUCGCGGCGUUAGCUUCACCUUCGGUGCCGAGGUGGUGGCCAAGUUUUUGCAGAAGCACGAGUUCGAUCUCAUCUGCCGAGCCCAUCAGGUCGUGGAGGAUGGGUACGAGUUCUUUGCCAAACGCAUGCUGGUCACCCUGUUCUCGGCGCCCAACUACUGCGGCGAGUUCGACAAUGCCGGCGCCAUGAUGUCCGUGGACGACACGCUGAUGUGCUCGUUCCAAAUCCUCAAGCCAGCUGACAAGCGUAAAAAGUAAUAUCACACAACUGCAGCACCGCGAGCAGUCUUUUUCUAUCUAAAACAGAUCAAUAAGAAAUCCAAACAAGAUACAAAAGAAAAACACGACAAAAACAACCACAAACCCAACCACACAACCAGCCAGAAAUAAAAUCCUUUGAAACAACACAUCAAAUGAUGCAUGAAACCCGGGGCGAGUCGAAAUUCACCAGAAGCCACCAGCAAUUCGGAAUGGAAUAGCAGCGCCACGAUCAAAGGACAUCCCCUGCGACAUCCCUUCCAGCAGAUGACUGCAGUUUUCCCCUUCCACCCCACACCCAUUGAGAUUUAAAUCGCAAUUACAAACACAUUGACAAAUACCAUGAUUAAAGCCACAUAUUUAUUUGUAAUAGCCUCCGUAUACAUAGAUGUAUAUCUACCGACCGACCGAACGAACGACCAACCGACCAACCAACCAACCAACCAUCCACCCACGCACACACAUGUACACACAUUUGAACACCAGCGCUUAUAGGUUUUGUCCAAAAUUUAAACACUAGGUAAUCAACUGACCGUGCGAGCGCCUAACAUUGCAGAUUAGAUGGAAACGGAGCAGCAGAGGAGCGACUGGACGCCAGUCGGUCACAAAGCAUACAGAUGUGGGGGCCCUGUAGUGCUCGUUGGCCUUAAGAGUAUAGAGCAAGUGAAAACAAAACAAGAAACAAAAAAUCGAAGAGGGGAAAUCGUUGAACCGAGGAGGCGGAGGCGAAUGCUUGCCAAGAAGUAUAAAGAAGAAUUAUAAGCACUAAGUUUCGACCUUGAAUCAGUUUUUUUUUGUUCGUCCACACUGCAGUCCAACCGAAUGGACCACGCCAGUCAGCCAGAAGAAUAACCACACGAAAAUCAACAAUCUAUUAGUUUGUCCCGAGAACUCCCUACCAUUCAUCAGCUAUUCAAACGUCCGCUUCCCGUCAUUUUAAGGAUGUGUUUUUUAAAAAUUAACUAUUAUUAAUAUGUAUUAUCAAUAAUCCUUUGUAUUAAUAAACGAAUGAUAUAAAACGUG